AUGGCCAGUCUGCAGUUCCAUGGUGGCAUCGAUGCGAACAUUGGAUAUGCAGGGCGGGAUAAGGAUGUUGGGCGAGUAUCUCAACUCUUUGGACUACAUCUAAAGCUGCAGAUGCUGUCGGGGUUGUUGCCAAUUCCCCAAUUGUCACAAAGUCUACCCCAAUGGCUGCAGCUGGUGUUAAAACAACUAGCCCGUUUACACAGCCUGCUGGUCAUAGUCAUACCGCUGCAUUUGGGUCUGCUCUUCAGCAAAACAACACUGGACGCUCUGCCCACCGGAGAUCUUGAGGAUAUUACAGAUGCACUCACCAUGACAGUCAUAUAUUUCUUUACGGCCUACGCCUGCAUCUAUUGGUGUGUACGCUGCAGACGGCUCCUGUCAUACCUGAACUACAUCAAUCGGGAGUAUCGACAUCAUUCCCUUGCCGGCGUUAGUUUUGUCAAUUGUUAUACCACUUACCGCUGGGCAAACAACUUUACUGCCAUCUGGGUGGGAGCCUGUCUGACGGGUGUCACCUUCUGGGGGAUUACACCGCUCGUCUUGGGCCGUCAUGCACUGCCAUUGCAUUGCUGGUAUCCCUUCGAUGCGUUGGCCAAUCCCAUUUACCCGUUUGUUUAUGCAAUUCAACUUUACGGUCAGAUCAUUGUGGGCACCUCUUUUUCUUACGGCGGCUACAUGUUUGUGACUCUCAGUCUUUUGCUGCUAGCUCAGUUCGAUGUGCUUUACUGCAGUCUCAAGAAUCUGGAUGCACAUGCCAGGCUGCUAUCCGGAGAAUCCUUGCAAACAUUGGGUGCGCUACAGUGCGAGCUGCUGCUUGAUGAUGCCAACUGUGAGCUUGGCCAAUAUGCGAUGUUGGAAGAACACGCAACGGACUUACAAUGCUAUACAUUUAAACGCCUAAGGCCAUCUCCCAGUUUAAAAAGUGCCGCACAUUCUGGUCUCGUUGAAUGUGUUCGUCUGCAUCGCUUUAUUCUCAAAUUCGCCGCUGAAUUGGAGCAACUUUUUAGUCCAUAUUGUUUAUGCAAGUCACUGCAGAUCACCGUUCAGCUGUGCCUUCUGGUCUUUGUCGGUGUCUCCGGGUCACGUGAGGUGGUGCGUGUGAUCAAUCAACUGCAAUAUCUUGGCUUGACCCUCUUCGAGCUGCUCAUGUUCACUUAUUGCGGUGAGCAGCUGCGUAGGCACAGUGUGCGCGUGGGUGAUGCCUUCUUUCGCGGAUCCUGGUGGCUGCAUGCUCCGCAAAUGCGCAAGGAUGUGCUCAUCUUUCUGGCAAAUAGUCGACGCGCAGUCGAAGUCACCGCAGGCAAGUUCUAUGUCAUGGAUGUGAAUCGCCUGCGAUCGGUCAUCACCCAGGCCUUUAGUUUUCUGACACUACUGCAAAAGUUGGACGCCAAGAAGGCAGCCACGGAGUCUUAGCUUGUCUCUGACAGCUGCCAUCCAUUGUUUGCCUCGGUUAAUAUUUAUUUUGCUCAUUAAAAACAUGUCGAGUAAAAUGCAAAUAAUAUUUACA